AUGCAUGUGGUGGUGGUGGCAACAGCCUUGAUACUGCUCCUAAGCAUGGGGUGGACCUCAGACUCUCUCUGCUCACCCACCAUUUUUUACAGAGACUGUUGGAUCCGUCGCUUCCCAGGGCUUCUGAUUGACCUGGAGGAGUCUCAGAAGCUGGGAGCUCAGUUCCUGAAGUAUUAUUCUGAAAGCACCGGCCAGAAAUGCAGCAGGAGCUGCUGCCUUAGGAAGGAUGUUUCCUGUAACGUGGCUGUCUUCUACCAUGAUCCUAUUCAUGACAAUGUCAACUGCCUCCAUAUUCACUGCCCCACGCUGGAGAGCUGCAUAUUAGAGCCCGGAACCAGUGCCAUUUUAUACAACAUAACAGAAGGUAUAGAUCCAGAUUUGCUGGUUUUUGAACAAUCACCUCCCACAUAUCUAAAUACCCGUUCUUCAUCUAACACAUGGGACAGACUAAGGAUUUUAAAAACUACACAUUUAGAUAAACAACAAACUACCAUGAUAAACCAAAUGCUACCAUCAACAGAGGCACCAUCAUCAACCCCACAUCAAGAUUUGGUUGUCAACACAAACAAUACCAGGUAUUCCAAGGAAUUAACCACAGAUUCCUGGGCAAGACUCAUUUCCCUGAAUGACUCCAUUACCACAGAGGUAAAUAUGGUGUCACACAGCACUGAUUUCAUCAAUAACCCAGAUAACAAGACUAUUUCUCCUUUCUUUGUUCCCAUAGACACGAAGCUUUUUCAUAGGCCUAUUCCAUCCCAAGUGAACAGUAGCAAGCAAUUACUAAACAAAACCAAGGGGUCCAACAGCAGAAACCACACAUGUGAGAAUGAAGACAUGACACCUGAAUGGGCAUCUGUGACUUCAAAGAUGUGGCUGGCUCCGGUGGCCCUCUGUACCUCUGUCAUCUUUCUUUGCUGUUGUAUAAUCAUCCUGGCGUCUGGAUGCUGUAGAAAGCAGCAGGGCCAGUAUAAGCCAGGACAGAGAAAGUCAGGAUCCAGGCAUAUUAAAAAAUUUAACACUCUAAAGAACUCUUAAGAGUAAAAGUUACAGGGAGAUGGUAAGCUUUCAAGAGUAUCAUUUUUAGUUUUCUGUAAAACAAGGACUCUUUGGU